UGGAUUUUGUUGCUCGGAAAGAAUCAAAAUGGUUCUUUUAAAUGCUCAAAUGAAGGCUGCAACUGUACGAGAAAGUUGCAAGAGUACAUGCAGGAGCACGAAGCAUCACGUCCGUUUGAAAGAAUCAAAUGCUUGAAGUUGUGAUGCGAGGCGACCUGUCUCACCACUUUGGGAAGGAAUGCCCCAUGAGAGUCAUCCAUUGCAGAUAUUUAAAAAAAAAAAAAAACUGCCUUACAAGGAAUUGAAGAUGGAGAAGCAUUUAAAUCCCGACACUGGAGACUCCAUUAAGAGGAAAGCUAAAUGUGUUUUUCAUCCACUCGGUUGCAACGCAAAGUACCAUGGAGGAUAACGAGAAGAAAACUGACGCUCAUGGGUCCGUGGAUGCCGCUGCAUUGCAGAAGGAGAUCACUAAACUGCGUGAAGAGAAUAAAAAACUGAAGGCAGACUUAGUGAAAACCAAGCCGGAGGGAGAAUGGAAGAACCUAGAGAAGCAGAACGCCUACCUGAAAGAGAUCAUCGAGAGGCAGAGGAAGCAGCUUCUUUUCCAGGAUCAGAUGCUGACGUCGAGCAGCAUCAUUUUCGCUGAGCAGGAACGACGCAUUCAAGCCCUAGAGGAUGCCUCAUAUGAUAGCUCUCAGCUGUGGCGUAUAAGCGAGUACAAUCGCCGUCGUCAGGAUGCUGUCUCCGGCAAGACCACAUCCUUCCACUGCCCGGUGUUCUACACCAGCCGACAUGGCUACAAGAUGUCGGCGAGGGUGUACCUGAACGGCGACGGUAUGGGGAAGCACACCCACAUGUCGCUGUUCUUCAUGAUCAUGCGAGGGUGCCAUGACGCUCUCCUGCCGUGGCCCUUCCAGCAGAAGGUCACCUUCAUGCUCCUGGAUCAGAACAAGCGGGAUCACAUCGUGAAUGCCUUCCGUCCGGAUCCUACCAGCAACUCCUUCAAGAAGCCAAGCAGCGACAUGAACAUCGCCUCCGGUUGCCCACUCUUUGUGACCCAGGAGCUGCUGAUGGCCAGCGACAGCUACGUCAAGGACGACACAAUGUUCAUCAAGUUGGUCGUCGAUACAACCGGUCUCGAAAAGCUGUAAGAUCAGACUGAUUGGAGACAUGAUGAUUCUGGGACAGUCCACAAGGACUACAUCUAUGCAUUGGUCAGCAUUUUGUACAGCAUUUUGAAUUGUUCAGCAAAUGUUUUGGAUUAAGAGUUGCAGUUCAUGAAAUUGUGUUGAACCACAUCGAGGUAUGUUGUCUCCUUGUUGUUUAAUAUCUAAAUCGAAAAGAAAUACUCUCUCGGAUAUUUAGUGGAUGAUCAAAUAUUCAAAUAUGGUGCAGCCCAAUAUUGAAGAUUGCAAAUAGUGCUUCCUUCAUGAACCCUAACCUUCCCAAAUCCACCACCC